AUGGAGGCGGUCCAGACGGUACCGAGUGAGAGAACGAACCCGCUGCCCAACAGGUCACCCAGUCCAUCCGGCGUCGCUCGGCUCCAACCUGACGCCGGCAACGGCGCGGGCUUCUACGACGGUUCCGCCUAUUCUUUCCUCGACACCACCAAGGCCUGCACCACCCGGUUCAGCAGCGGGUCAGUGACGUCCGAGGACUCGCCGGCGCUGACGCCCAGGCUGCUGUCCUUCAAGUCCAGCUCCAGCCCCGACAACUGCUCCUCCUCCGCCGAAUGGCCCGACCGUGCGGCGGCGUCGCGCUCCAACCGGUACCUCUUCGACGCGAACGCGCAGGCCCGGUGCGCCGAGUACCUGGACCUGACGAGGGUGGAGGUGGAUGCGCAGCUGGGCAAGCUCAAGGGGGGUGUCACCGGCCUGGAGAGCUAUGCCUUGCCGGACAACGGCCGUGUGAUCGGAGGUGCGCACCUGGGCAUGUCGCUUGAUGUCAUGCUGAUUGAGAUUGACGAGAGGUUCAAUGCCCUGAAGCUGCUCAUGGGUUCCGUGUUCCGGCAGGCGAAGGAGAUGCUUGAUUCGGUCAACUCGUCGGUGUCUGAUCUGCAGUCGGAGAAUGAGCUGCAGCUGGAAGUCUUCGGUGCCGUCAUCGGAGAGUGCGUCAGUGGCCUGCAGGAGGAGCUAGAGAGGAAGCUGUACGAGCAGAUUAACAUCACAAACACCAUGAGCAGGAAUUGGAAAGAGGCCAUGACUCAAUUUGCCGCCAUGCGCGAAGACCUUGGCGCCCUUUGUAAGCUACUACUGCCUUUAGUACCAGAAGCUCAUAUUUCUAACGGCAAGAAUGAAAGUCCAGGCAACAGGAGUAACAGAUGGAAGUACAAUUUCUUUGGAAAGAAAUCCAAAGAGGAUCGUUCUCCACGCGCCGAGGACAGCAAGAGUUUCAGGAAGCAAAAAUCAUUUGGUGCAAAGGAUGUGAUCUCAGAGAAGUCUGACUUUCGCCAUCUCAAUGGUAUGACUAGAGAGCAAGUGAUAAGCUAUUUUAAGUCUGAGAUCAGCAAACUGAAAAGGAUGCACGAAUCAGCAUUGCAAGAGAAGACAGAAGAACUGUUCAGGUUGAAACGGGAGAAGGGGUCACAUUCUCUCAAGAAUGACAUCGAAUUUGAACCUUUGAGAAAGAAAAUUCCAGAGAUUGUAUUGAGAAUGGACCAAAUCAUUUCCAAGAAUAUAAAGGUACCUGCAAUCUGCAUGACCCAUGAUGAACUUGACGAAAGAUGCAGACUGAUGAGCAGAAUCGAUGCUUUGUUUUAUGAAAACCAUCAUCUUCGAGGGUUGCUUGCAGAUAGGACGAAGGACGUUAAGGCAUUAUCAUCUCAGCUAUCUGAAGCCAGUACAGAACUGUCUCUUCAGUUGUCGUCCGAAGAAGAGCUCCUGAGACAAAUCGACAAAGUUAGAGAAGACUGUGAGGACCUCCGAAUUGAAUGUGAUGUUAGAGAGGGAAUGUACCAAACUGUUACAAAACAAUUGCUUGAUGACUACAAGGACAAUAUGGAUGGUGCUGCACUAAAUAAAAAAAGGGCCGCGACUCGAACAUGUGACCUUCCGGUCACAGGCGGCUACCGCUUACACCAGGACAAUAUGGAUGGUGCUGCACUAAAUCUUAGUGCAAAAUUGUCUUCACUUGAAUCUGCAGUCUCUGAAAAGGAUAAGGCAUUAUGUCUAUAUAACGAAGAAAAUCACAGGUUAAAGGUGAAGUUAGCAGAGUUAGAAAAGGAGCGCUUGAUCCAUGAUCACCAGGAAGUUCCAGAAGUCAUAAAACAAGAGAGUACAGAAAUUGUUCUACGUGACAUUGAGGUCGAGCCUCGCACAUCGCCGAGAAGAUCAAAUGGGAAUGAUUUGCAGUAUGAUGAGCUUGUGAAACUAAACUCAAGCUUAGAGCAAACAUCAGGUGUCCUCAAGGAAAUGGACAAUACAAAUAUGGAUUGUAGUAGUAGCCUCACUAGGAAUGAGCAAGAAAAGCAGCUGGAGUGCAUUUUAGUAUCUAUCAUGAAAUUAUCAAAAGAAUUUGUAGAGAUUGAGAAAAAAUUGUCAGCAGAAAGAACUGAGAACAGGUCAGAGGAUUUGAGUGAUCACUGCAGCCACAUGGUCAGACAAGCCGUGGUACUAACAAAAAUAGGGCUCUGGUACAAACGAAUGAUUGAAGCGAGGCGUUCUGAGCUCCAAAAGGCUGAAGCCAAGGUUAUGAUAUUGGGCGACAGGAUCACUGCACAGUUAAGCCUUCUUCAAAAGAUAUAUUUAACUCUUGAUCAUUACUCUCCUACCUUGCAACAUCAUCCUGGUUUGCAGACCAGGUGA